UAUACAUCUUAUGUAGAAGCAUCUUUGUAUACUCCUCUGAACUCUCAGUCAAAGAAUAUUGCUUUCAAAGUUGCUAUUACGUUGAAAACAUCCAUCCACUCAAGAGUUUUUAUCUUGGCUUUGUUUUUCACUGUGUGAAUGGCCUCCUGGCUUCAUAAAGGGAGUGUUGCUGUCCAUGGUUCUGAAAGUGCGCUAAACUUCAGAGCUGAGCGUUCAAAUGUGCCUAACCCCAGCAAAGUCGUAAGUAUGUAGGGUAGAGUGAGAAAAAAGACAGGAACGUAUUCAACGUAUGGGAAAUAUACAGAUGCAUCAUUUUUGAGAUUGAUGAUAUAGGCUACACAACCGCUAUUGACAUUAUCAGCCUAAAGGUACAUAUGCCUAUUGUGUAUCCAUGUCAACCGCAUUUGUUUCCAACAGACUAUUUUCAGUAAGCGGUGAAAGCCUACCGCGUGCUUUCCAUGGUGCUGAAACCGUUUUUGCUCUCCGCUAAUGGGAGCAGUGUUCUCUUUAGAUGAAUGCUUGUUACUGGUGUAAUGGAAUGGAUGCAACGUUUUUCUCACUUUGCAGUCUAUAGCGCAUCACACUGUUAACCCCUUGAGCUUUGUAUGUCGAUAUCCCUUCGGUCCUUUACUCCUUGAUUGUUCUAGCUUCUGUCAAUGUGAUCUGAACAUGACCAUCUGAGAAUUUGUUUCAUUAUAUUGGGUUGACCUUUCGUGAACUACCUUCCCGUGUUUUGCAUUGAACAGAACGCUUGUCCUUUAAAGACAUAGGCAUUUCGUGUAGCGGAUGUCCAACACGAGACAGUCCACUGGAGUUUACCUCCGUAUUCUAACUAGUCAAAUAAUAUACACUCUUAUAUUACAUGAGUAAUAUAGGCUAUAAACAACACACGAUGUCGCUAUAGACCACAGAAUUUGAUAUUCUAUGACUCCUCCUCUCUGAAUGAAAAAGAGAAUAGAGUCACUAGUCCGAGCGCCUUUGUCAAGAGACACUCGAAUGGUGGUGAGACUGAGAGGGCGGGGUUGUGUACAGAAUCUCUCUAACUGAUUUAUUUUUAUUUUUUAGGUUUCAUUGAUAUGUGAAUAUUUUCUAUUGGAUUCAUUUACUUUGUACAAACAGCGAUGGGUUGUCAAAGACAAAGAGAAAGCGUUUGGAUUCAUUGCGUCGCGUUGCUUUGUUUAUUUGACUGGUCUGCAGCGCAGAUCUCUUACUCCGUUUCAGAGGAGGUGGACAAAGGCACGUUUGUGGGGAAUCUCGCCAAGGAUUUAAACCUUAAUGUACAGGACCUGGAGUCAAGGGGUCUAAGGAUUGUAUCGGGACAUAGUAAGCGGUAUUUUGAUGCGAAUCUGAAAACAGGAGUACUGUUCGUUAACGAGAGAAUAGACAGAGAGGAGCUUUGUCCGAGUACGGUAAAGUGCUCUCUAAAUAUGGAGGCCAUAUUGAGCCAUCCUAUGUUUCUCCAUCGCAUCGAGGUGAAUAUAUUAGACAUCAAUGACAAUUCUCCGUCAUUCAUUAAAAAGGUUGCUACUUUUAACAUAACUGAAUCUUCAUACCCCGGCGAGCGAUACCCACUGCCAAUAGCGAAUGACGCAGAUACGGGCAGUAACUCGGUGAAGAGCUACAAGCUGAGCCCGAAUGAACACUUCUCCCUGGAUGUACAGAACGGCGGAGACCAGAGUGUGUCUGCUGAGUUGGUGCUGCAGAAAGCUUUAGACCGAGAGAAACAGCCUGUGAUCCAGCUCACACUGACCGCUGUAGAUGGAGGAAAACCUCCACAAUCCGGAACGCUGCCUAUUGUUGUAAAUGUCAUAGAUUCUAAUGAUAAUUCACCCUCAUUUAGCAAGCCGCUGUAUAAGGUCAGUGUGCCUGAGAAUAUACCUUUUGGGACUACAGUCUUAACACUUAGUGCUACUGAUUUAGACGAAGGACUACAUAGUGAACUUGUGUAUUCAUUCGUUGAGCGUGGGAAUCUGAAUCCUGCUGAUAUGUUUGCCCUAAAUCCAGACACUGGGGAAAUGACUGUAAAGGCGAAUUUGGAUCAUGAGGCAAAUGCUGCGUAUGAAAUCCGGGUGCAAGCAACUGACCAAGGUCCCUCACCCCGCAGUGGUUAUUCUAAAGUGUUGGUAGAAGUUAUUGAUGUCAACGACAAUGCCCCUGAAGUCUCGGUGACGUCACUUAUGAGCCCAGUGAAAGAGGAUAGUGAAAUGGGGACAGUGGUCGCCUUGGUAACUGUGAUAGAUAAAGAUGGAGGGAAAAACGGCCUCACUAACUGUAAACUUGUUGGCUCUGUUCCUUUUAAACUAAAGUCGAACUAUAAAAACUAUUAUUCGUUAGUGGUAGAUGGGCCUCUUGACAGAGAGAGUGUUUCUCAGUACAAUGUCACUGUCACAGUUACGGAUGGAGGGACCCCGCCUCUCUCCAGCACCAGCGUUAUUACUGUACACGUUGCUGAUGUGAAUGACAAUGCUCCUCGCUUCUCAGAACCCGUGAUUCAUGUUUAUGUCAAAGAGAACAGUCCGGUAGGUGACGUCAUUUAUACGAUGUCUGCUUUUGAUCCAGAUUCAGAUGGAAAUGCAAAGAUGACUUAUUCAUUAUUAGACACAAGUGUUUCAAUAUCAUCAUCUGUAAAUGUAAAUUCAGAUACCGGAGAUAUGGUCAGCUUGCAGUCUUUUAACUAUGAGGAGAUACAAACUUUCCAGUUUAAAGUUCAGGCCACAGACUCUGGUGUUCCUCCUCUCAGCAGCAACGUGACUGUGAACGUUUUUAUUCUGGAUGAGAAUGACAACAGUCCUGGGAUUCUAGCGCCCUAUUCUGAUCACGGCUCAGUUAACUCUGAGAACAUUCCUUAUUCUGCUGAAGCGGGCUACUUUGUGGCCAAGAUCAGGGCUGUAGACUCCGACUCUGGCUACAAUGCGCUGCUUUCUUAUCACAUCUCUGAGCCCAAGGGAACCAACCUCUUCCGAAUCGGAACCAGCACAGGGGAGCUAAGGACUAAGAGGCGAAUGAGUGACAAUGACCUGAAAGCUCACCCGUUGGUGGUGUUGGUUUCUGAUAGUGGAGAACCAUCACUGUCAGCGACUGUGUCUAUUGAUGUAGUGGUGGUUGAAAGUACAGGUGAAAUCCAGACUCAUUUCAAAAACGUGCCGAGAAAGGAGGAGAGCUUCUCUGAUUUAAACCUGUAUUUGCUGAUCGCCACUUCCUCGGUGUCAUUCAUAUUUUUAUUGAGCCUCAUAAUUUUAAUAGCUGUAAAAUGCCACAAGACAGACGACAGUUUCAGAAGGUACAGCGCCCCAAUGAUCACCACACACCCUGACGGGAGCUGGUCUUACUCUAAAUCUACUCAGCAGUAUGACGUGUGUUUCAGUUCCGACACACUGAAGAGUGACGUAGUGGUUUUCCCCGCGCCGUAUCCACCUGCAGAUGCAGAACUGAUCAGUAUUAAUGGAAAUGACACGUUUGACAGGACUCAGACAUUACCCAACAAAGAGAAGGUAAGAUCUCUACAUAAACGAGCCUAUUUGUCUAUUGAAAUAUUGCUUCAUAAAUUACUCCUUUGA